GGCGACGCUGUCGCUGGCGGGGGAUUACAUGUCCAGACUUCCGCGUGUACUCCACUGCGAUUUGCCUCGCUUGGAGCGCGCCAUCCUCCGUCCUACGCUCCCGCCUGCGCAUCUGGAUACCGGCGAGCCGCUUUUGCUCAAUUUCCUCGCCGCUGCCCCGAACCUGCGCCAGCUCGAGCUCGCGGCGGACGAGAUACCGUGGCACUACCAUCUCGCCCUGCCCGCGGUGGACCGCCUUGCCCAAUCCUCGCCGAGCCCUCUCACCGUGCUGUCGUUCAAGUCGUUCUGGUGCACCUUAAACUCAAUGAUGCCGCUCAUCAGGCAAUCUGCCGCGACCCUGCGGCAGCUUCGUCUGUCGGCCACCCACAUGGACGCGUCCAGCAUCGCGCUCGAGCCUCCGCUGCACAUGCCCCGCCUCGAGUCCGUCGACAUGGACGGGCGCAUCCAUCCGAUACUGAAGCUCCUGCGCGCGCCGGGCGUGAAGUCCGUCAUCGUGCGGCGCUGCCAACUGAACGACAACGACGCGACCGCGUCCCUCCUGGAGUUUCUGUGCGACGCUGAGUUCGCCCCCACCGACGUGCGCCAUCUCGAGCUGCUGAAUUUCCAUCACCAGCCGCGCUCUACAGUGGACGACGGGCGCGUGAACCGGCUGUUGUUCAUCCUCCGAAGACUGGAGAGUCUGCGUUCCUUGAGCAUCGGCGUCGGCUCUGGGCAGUGUAACCCGACCAUGUCCUUCGCGCCAGGCGCGUCGUUGUUUGACAGGAUCCGGGAGGAGGGCCUCCUGCCCAAUCUCACCGACCUCACCGUGCAUAACGGAUGCAAAGCCGGACAUCCGCACCACCUCGAUAUCCGUAACUCUGUGCGAGAGAUGGCCGAGUCGCGCGCGUUGCCAAGCUUGAUCAACGGAAGGGAUGUGGUCGCGCUUCGACGAGUCGAGACGGACUUCGACGUUGAAUCUGACUAAGUGGGGCGGUCGUUUCUUCCGCUGGAUGCACAUCUCAAUGCACCUCGGAGAGCGUAAUUGGUACUUUC